GAGCUUCGUCUAGGCCCAGGACUCACUGCUGGUUGGGAAACUGGCUCCCAUUGUCACGGAUGCCGUGUUCAUCUGCCUGCUGUUGCUGAUGCUCACAUAGGCUAUAAGCAGUCACAGGACACAAAUGUCACCAAACAGCCCGCAGCGUCCUCUAAGAAAACUCAGGUACCUCAUUUUCAAGCGGUCUCCCCGCUCCCCCGCGGCCAUCUACUUCGGAGACCUACGAAGUUUCUGAGGCUUAAUGAUGCUGGGAAAGGAAAUACACCCGAGCCCACAAAGAGCAAGCAGGAUCUUAAAGCACAUUCAACAGAGCUGACCACCAACACCUGGGAUGCAGCACUGAUUCUGCACCGGCCUGCUCUCGUUCUCGUAAUUAUAAUCGCAUGUACAGCCUUAAGCAUCGCCCUGAUCUGUGGGCUCACGAUUUUUUAUAUGAUAUAUCGGUUGGUACGGGCUGAAGAAAGACAACAACUUGCGUUGCUUUAUAAAAAUGUCAGGAUACCAUUAUUAGAAGAUGAAGAGGAGAGCUCUGAGGACGAGGGCCAAGACGAGUCCAGUUAUCUGCUUCCAGAGAGUGAGAAGGAGCUGGAAAAGUUCAUUCAUUCAGUUAUUCGAUCAAAAAGAAGAAAACACAGUAAAAAGAUGAGAUUGAAGAACGAGCAAAAGUUUGUCAAGGACAUGAAAAUACGGAACGUUCUGCGCAUAGACAGCAAAUGAAGGAGCCGUAGGACGCGCUUUCCAGUGCGGAGAACACAGUGGCCAGGAGGACAGGCUGAGGACAGGAGCGUGACUCAUUCUCUGAGAACUCUGUACAAGAGCACCCUAAGAAAAGAAAACGAGGUGUUUUUAACAGAAAAUAAAUUCAUAUGAUAUAGCCA